AUGCUGUCAACGCUAGACAUUGCAUAUUUGAAUGCCAAUCCCUCCCCACAGCGGAUUAUUAUCGUUGGGGGAGGUAUUGUCGGCGCAGCACUCGCUUUCCAUCUUUCCGAGGCGAAAAGUGGACAUCAUAUCGUUUUGAUUGACAGAAGCUUGAAGAGCGAAUUGGGUUCCACCGGCCAUGCUCCAGGAUUCGUUGGCCAGCUCAAUGAGUCACCUGUCUUGACUCAGCUCGCUAAGGAUACUGUCUUGGAUUACCUCUCCGUUCCCGGCGGUUUCGACCCUGUCGGCGGCUUGGAACUUUCAUCAACCCCUUCAGGCCUGGAGAAAUUGCGUCGCCGACAAGAGACAGCACGAGCUGCUGGCUUACCUGCGGAGCUUGUCACGCCAGAAGUGGCUGCUUCCCUUGCCCCAGACUUCAUCGAUGCCAGUUCGGUGAAGGGCGCCUUGCAUUUUGCAUCAGAUGGAACUGCAAACGCAAAAGUAAUUACAUCCUAUUAUCUUGAUCAAGCUCGGAUCAGAGGGGUGGAUUUCCUGGAAAUUGCCGUCACAGGCUUCGAAACAAAGAGCGACGACGAACAAAUCGCGAAGAUAGCAGCCAUCCGCACUGAGAAUGGGGAUAUCAACUCGGAAAGCAGUACUGUUAUUUUCGCCACGGGUGUUUGGACAUCUUCGUUGAUUUCCGCUGGCAGAAAUGCCCCUAUAACAGAAUUUCCGAUUCCCAUUGUCCCAGUCGCACACCCCUACACCUUUACUCAAUCUCGGCCUCCACGAGUUGGGAGCCCAUACCCAUUCGUUCGUUGGCUGGACCAUCAUGUCUACGCAAGAGACCAUGGCAAUCGGGACGGUCUAGGCAGUUAUGACCAUCCUCCCCUGCAGCUCGACCCGAAAACUAGCGCAAUCGGAGCCUGGCCUUCAAGUUUCGACCAAGUGCUUUCGGAAGCUUCUUCAUGCUUGAAGAAUGGAAUUGAAUUCCAAGUCCGGGGGCACAGUGCAGACUUAGAGGAGCCUUGGCUACCGGAAAAGCCAUUCAAUGGUAUCUUUGCUGUGACACCUGACAACCUACCAUUCGCUGGUCGGGUACCCGAUGUUGCUAAUCUGUGGCUGGCCGCUGCGAUUUGGGUCACGACUGCGGCUGGUACGGCUAAGUUGUUGUCAAGGGAGAUCCUUCGUGAUGCUAUGCGUUCAACUACCUCCGAAGACAAGGCACUUCUGAAUGCGCUGGAUCCUGCACGCUUUCAAGGGCUUGAAGCUGAUUCGCUUAUCCAGCAAGCUUUGAAGAAAUAUAAUGAUAUUUACAAUCGAAAAAGCUAG